UCAAAUUGUACUAGUUUUGAACAGCGUCCGUGAUUUUUUCCUUCACAAUUAAGUCUGAAAUCUGAUUACUAUAGAAUGAUCUAAUAUCACAGCAAAGCCGUGUCCGAUUACUCUUUGCUUAGCGACUACGAUUUGCCGGUGGUUUUGGUUUGCUUUUCGUUUCCGUCUGCCACGAAUUCAUCAGCUCAGUUUGCUAUCCAUUCACCAGAUUCAGUAUUCGCGUCAUGAUGCAGAGCUGGUUUUCCGGAGGCGCCGGCGACAAUGAAAAAUCCCUUCCGACGACGACGCUUUCCUCUUCCCCGUCCCUGCUCGCCGAUUGGAACUCGUACUCAGCCGCCAGAUCUUCCGAGGAGAGUAGCAGCGGCGCCUCCCUCGCCGGUGUGUUCGACAUAGAAUCAGCUGUUAGGUCCGCGAACGACACCGUAUCAGGCACCUUCAAUGUGGUCUCCAAAGGAGUGAGAGACCUACCUGGAAAUUUGCAGUCCGCCACAAGUGGCAUCCCGUCUGGAAAAUCACUCAUGUAUUUUGGCUUGCUGCUGGCAAGUGGAGUUUUCUUUGUAUUUAUAGCAUUCACGUUGUUUCUUCCGGUGAUUGUGCUUGUACCUCAGAAAUUCGCUCUCUGCUUUACUGCUGGAUGUGCCUUCAUCAUCGGAUCCUUUUUUGCCCUUAGAGGACCAAAGAAUCAGCUUAGCCACAUGUCAUCAAAGGAGAGGCUUCCUUUUACUUUAGGGUUUAUCGGCAGCAUGAUUGGGACCAUUUAUGUCUCCAUGGUUCUCCAUAGCUAUGUUCUAUCUGUGCUUUUCUCUGUGCUUCAGGUCAUGGCGCUAGCAUACUAUGCAAUCUCUUACUUCCCUGGUGGGUCAGCUGGGCUGAAGUUCAUUUCAUCGUCUUUGACAUCAUCUAUAUUGAAGUGCUUUGGCAGGUGAUAGUUACACCUUAACAUUUGUAGUUGGUCGGGAAAAAUGUGUGUCCUUGAAACUUGAGUUUGUUCACUGGAAUUAUGGUUAAGGUGGUGUAAAGCGAAAUCUGUUGAAUACAGUAAAGUUACUGUGAUUACUUCUUUAUAUAUCAACACAAUUUUGGGUACCUUUUUCUUAUAUUAUGUUUCUUGCAAAGACUUCACAAAGAAAAGUGUUUCUCAUUCCCAUGUUUUCAAUUGGAGUUGGCUUGAGAGUUCUACUAAUACAGUCAGUAAAUGAAAAAUCUUUAUUUCAUUCACUUUGAUCAAUUGUGUGAAGACCUGCUGAGAAAUUUCAAU